CGACCGAGUCCCCGUGCUUAUCGACCCUCGCUUAAUUGCAGCCGACAAGGGCGUCUUCCCGCCAAUUAGCCAUGAGUCGGCAAGAUACAGGCGGUUUUGCCGACGCAGCGGAAUGGACACCGGAGCUAGCGGAAACGCAUUUUCUAGGCUUCCUUGACACUUAUAAGGAGACAGAUGAGGAUUUGGAACCACACUAUCUAAAUGCUCUCCGCGAGCUGAAAGCCCAGGACAAGGGCACGCUUUACGUGCACAUUGGCCACCUGAACGCAUAUGAUCAGGGUCUUUGCUCCUACGUGAUUGCUCAGUAUAACCGUGUUGAGCCCACGCUUCGCAAGGCUCUCCACGCUUUCAUCCGAAACCAUGAGCCAGGCCUUGUCGACAGCACUGACUCCCGUGAAUACUAUGUAGCCUUCGUCAGCGCCUGGCCCCAGCGCAUGCGUGACCUGCGUACCAGCAAGCUCGGACAACUCACCGCGUUCGCUGGCACUGUCACGCGGUCCAGCGAAGUGCGACCGGAGCUGCUCUUCGGCGCGUUUAAAUGCUUGGAGUGCAACACCGUGGUCCGCGGCGUCCCGCAACAGUUCAAGUACUCACCCCCAAUCCUCUGCACCAACCCUUCAUGCGGCAACAAGAACCACUGGUCACUUGUUCGCGAGCAAUCCGUCUUUUGCGACUGGCAGCGCCUGAAGGUCCAGGAGGCCGUGGAGGAGGUGCCAGCUGGCAGCCUGCCGCGAACCCUGGACGUUAUCAUGCGGCACGAAGCGGUGGAGACGGCCAAGGCCGGUGACAAGAUGGUGUUCACGGGCCAGCUAGUGGUGGUGCCGGACGUAUCAGCCCUGGCAGCCCCCGGGGAGAGGGUGCAAUUGAAGGAAGGUGGCAGCCGGCGGGAUGGCGGUGACGGCGUCGCGGGGCUCGGCAAAGGCGCGGGUGGCCGCGAGCUGACCUACCGAGUCAUGUUCUUGGCAUGUGCGGGGCAGCCCGCCGACGUGACGAAGGGCACGGUCAAUAUUCGCCCUGACGUGGACGAGAGCAGUGAGGCCAUCAUUGCCGAGUACCACGACGGCGGCGAGUCCAUUCUAGCGAUGUCGCGCGACCCCCACAUUUACCAACAGCUGACUCGCAGCAUCUGCCCCUCCGUAUUCGGACACGACAAUAUCAAGCAAGCAGUGCUGCUGAUGCUGUUCGGCGGCGUGCACAAGAAGACGUCUGAGGGCAUCAACCUUCGUGGCGACAUCAAUGUCGCCAUCGUCGGCGAUCCAUCCUGUGCCAAGUCGCAAAUCCUGAAGUACGUGGCGAGCUUCCUGCCGCGUGCGGUUUACACCUCGGGCAAGGCCUCUUCGGCUGCGGGUCUGACCGCCUCCGUGGUCAAGGAGCCGGAGAACAACGAGUUUGCAAUUGAGGCGGGCGCGCUGAUGCUAGCGGACAACGGCAUUUGCUGUAUCGACGAGUUCGACAAGAUGGACGUGAAGGACCAGGUCGCCAUUCACGAGGCCAUGGAGCAACAGACUAUUUCCAUCGCCAAGGCCGGCAUCCAGGCAACGCUAAACGCACGGGCAUCCAUCCUGGCGGCUGCCAACCCCAUGGGAGGCCGGUACGACAAGUCCAAACCCUUGAAGUACAACGUGGCGCUGCCACCCGCCAUCUUAUCCAGGUUUGACCUGCUCCAUGUGAUGGUGGACGACACCACAGAGGCGACCGAUGCACGUAUUGCAACGCACAUCGUAAACGUGCACCGCUACCAGCAGAACGCCUUUGACGUGCCGUACGACACCGAAAGUCUGCAGCACUACAUCCGCUAUGCCCGCUCUAUCAAGCCGGAGAUCACGACCGAGGCGCGUGUGGAGCUCGUACGGUCGUACAAGGAGCUGCGCGCCGACGACGCAGCUCCCGGCACGCAGUCAUCGUACCGUAUUACUGUGCGCCAGCUGGAGGCGCUCAUUCGCCUCUCGGAGGCCAUGGCCCGGGUGUACUGCGACAAGGAGAUAAAGCCGCAAUACGUCCGCGAGGCCAAGCGGUUGUUGCGCGCGUCCAUCCUUAAGAUUGAGCAGUCGGACACGCUCCUGGAGGACGAUCUGCCGCUACCAGGUCUGCAGAGGCAGCGCGAGGAUGCGGCUGAGGCACAGAUCGAGCGCGGGGAGGUGCCAACCGAGGAAGACCUCACCGGCAAUGACGAGAACGUGCCGCCAGGAGGAGCGAUCGGCGGAAAGCGCGGGUGA